UCUCUCAGUCUGAGUCUGGCGGUUACAAGCUAAGACAUGUUUUCCCGUCUUCGCAAACGUUUUGGGAGGGGGAACGUCGAUUCUGGAGAGACUAGAGUGAAGGAGUCUGGCCUUUCGUCUCAAAGUAAUGAUGGACAAAGACAGCACUUCUGGGGAAUGUGGAACGCUGGGAUAGAAACAUCUUCCCCUGAAACUGCUCUAAGCGAGAAGCAGGCCAAGAAGGAAAAGGAGAGGCUGAUUAAAGAGCUGCAGCUCAUUACUGAGGAGAGAAAUGACCUGAGAGAUCGCCUGAGGUUCCUGACAGAGAGAUCCAUGAAGAACAGGCCACACUUCAGGCCAAAUCCAUAUUAUGAAGACCUGGAGAGAAUGGAGGAGGCGGUCAUGUCAAUUCUGCACAACUUAGAGAUGGAGAACACUGAGGUCCAUGAGAACAACCAUAAGCUGAAGAAGGAGAUUACCUUCUCUAGAAACCUGCUCAGCCAGCUCCUGAUGGAGAACACAUGUAGGAAGAAGUUGGUCCCACUGAAGCAGGAGAGCAAGGAGGUACAUCUUGAUUGUGCACUGAACCAGAAAUAUUUGGUUGACUACAACAAGAAAGAUAAAGACCAUCAACGGCCAGAAUCAGCAUUAUCAGGUCUCAGAAAGUGCAAGAGAGCUGGAAUUGGACACACAGCAGUAAGAGAGCUUCCUGAAGAAUAAGUUGCUUUCUCAGGAGUCCCUGAUGACCAACAUCCUGAAUGAAAACAGCACUUGAGAGACAACUUGGGGGACCGCCUUUCAUUAUGUGUGCUAGAGGAGAAACAGCAAUACGUCUGUGCUUCUAAAUGUUCGUUAAGAAUAUGCUUUUAGAAAUAUUUUUGUUAUGAUUUUAAUUGAAGUUUUCUUUUUGUUGUUUCAUAUUUAUAUGUUCUUGUUACUAUUUUUACUUUCAAAUAUUUUUAAAUAUUUUUAUUCAUUUUAAUCCUGUUUUGUUGUAAAAAUGAAUUUGUUAUGAAUAAAAAUUGAAUUCUA